CUAGCAGAGUUGCUUUUUCCGUAGCAGUUUUUUCCACUUGCGGAUUUUCGUUGUGCGCGUGUUUUUUGCUCGUUUCAGCUGCAUUUGCGGCAGCUGAACAACGCCGGCGAAUCGAGAUGCUAUUGGCCUAGUCUGCGGCCACUUGCGAAGCCAGUUUCUUUUGCAGAGCCCAAUGGUAUUUUGUAACGUUCGCGGUGCAGUCACACUGGAAUCGAGUUUUGGGAUUUGGCGUUUAGCGAAGAUUUUUUGUGCUAAUUUUGUGCAGAAAUCGAAGCAGCAGCCGUGUUAAUUGGAAACAAGUAGGAGCCCGAGCUGUUACACCUGGCCGGAAAUAAAGGGUAUAAUAGUAAAAUAGAAGCAACCAGCAGCAGCGAAAUGAACAAGGCUGACGUCAACCGCCGCGUUCUGGCCAUUCAGGCGAAGAAGAAACGUCAUAAGAACAACAAGAAGCGGGGCAAGCAGAACGGCACUGGACCCCAGGAUCAGCAACCGAAUGCCAGCCAGAAUCCCAAUCCCAAUCCAAAUUCCCAACCGAAUCGGAGCAGCGAGAACUUGCAGGCACCGGAUAAUGCUAAUAAUAGCCAUGGGGAUGUGCCAAUUUCGGCUGCCUUCAGCAAGGUUAAUGCAACAGCAACGGCCUCCACGUCCAGCGGAGGAUCGGGAGGCACUCCCGAUCAAUAUCAGCCACCCCAGCCGCAGCCGAAGUCCAAGAGCAACUCACAGAAGGAGCACCUGCAGCAGCCACCGCGAAGCAGCUCCAACGAGUCCUACGAAUCAGAGCUGAACAGCGAGAACGAGGAGCAGGAGCUCAAGGAGGACUACUGCAAGGGUGGCUACCACCCCGUCAACAUCGGUGACCUGUUUCAGGGUCGCUACCACGUCAUCCGAAAAUUGGGCUGGGGCCAUUUCUCGACCGUCUGGCUGUGUUGGGAUUUGCAGGAGAAGAGCUAUGUGGCCAUCAAGAUUGUGAAGUCGGCACCGCACUUUGCCGAGACGGCCAAGGACGAGAUCAAGAUACUCAGGACGGUGCGAGAGACGGAUCCAUCGAACCCACGCCGGCAAAAGACCGUUCAGAUGCUCGACGAUUUCAAGAUCACCGGCGUUAAUGGCACCCAUAUUUGUAUGGUGUUCGAGGUGCUCGGAGACAAUCUGCUGAAGCUCAUCCGCAAGUCCAACUAUCGCGGCAUACCGUUGAGUAACGUAAAGACCAUCACCCGCCAGGUGCUGGAGGGUCUGGACUAUCUGCACACCUGCUGCAAGAUCAUCCAUACGGAUAUUAAGCCCGAGAACGUGCUGCUGUGCGUGGACGAGCCGCAUGUCCGGUCGCUUGCCACCGAAGCGACCCAGUUGUACUGCAUGAACUCCAAGAUGUAUCCAUCGCUUGUGAGCCGGGCGCCCAAGGAGUACCGGGAGCCACCCAUCACAGGCAAAAUGAGCAAGAACCGAAAGAAGAAGCUCAAGAAGAAGGCCAAGAAACGCAUGGAGCUGUUUAAGAAGCAGCGUGACUACCUGGAGCAGGCGGGAGGUCAGGCGGCCGAGGGCCAGGAUGCUGGCGAGGAUCAGACGGACUUUGGCGUCAAUCAUAAUGAGGUGCAGAACGGCGAUGCUGGCAUCUCCGAUGGGGAUGAGUACUUGGAUGUGAAGCAGGAGCCGGAAGACAAUGACGGCGACGAUGACGAGGAUGUGGUUGCUGCGCAGCCAGUGCGAAAGGAGAGGCACGAGCGUAAGCAGCGUCCGGAGCGCAAGGAACAGACCCAGCAGCUGGAACAACAAACUGAGGGCGCUGACAAAGCCAAAAAGAAGAAGAAAAAGAAGAACAAAAACAAAUCCAACCAACCGCAAGCUCAGCAGCCUCCACAGCUGGAGAACUCGACGAGCAGCGGCGACAGCAGCAGCGCCCUCAAGAGCCACCAGCUAAAUGGCAGCAGUAAUAUCAGCAACAGCAACUCCAACACCAACAGCAACUCGAGCGGCACUCUAAAAGGACAAUCAAACGGCAAGAAGAUGCCGUUGCGACCGAAGCAGGAGAAGCAAGUGGAAAAGCAGCAGCAGUCAUCGAAUCAGCAGCUGAACAACAACAACUCCAGCUCUAAGCCCAACUCGAAUAGCAAUUCGAAAAUCUCAAGCGGCUCCGUGGAGAACUCGUCGUCGGCCACCAAUGGACCGUACUCGGAGGCCAUGCUGCCACCACCUCCUCCGCCACCGCAAGCAAAGCACAGGGCAAGGCGUGAUCCGGCGCUGGAGGAAUGCAGCGUCUAUGUAAAGAUCGCCGAUUUGGGCAAUGCCUGCUGGGUGGAUCGUCACUUCACCGAGGACAUCCAGACACGUCAGUAUCGAUCGCUGGAGGUGAUCCUCGGCUCCGGCUAUGACACCUCGGCGGACAUUUGGAGUACUGCGUGCAUGGUGUUCGAGCUGGCCACCGGCGACUAUCUGUUUGAGCCGCACUCCGGCGACACCUACUCCCGCGACGAGGACCAUCUGGCCCACAUCAUCGAGCUGCUGGGUCCCAUACCGCGUCACAUUGUGUUCCGCGGCACCUAUGCCCAGCAGUCGUUCAACCGAGGCGGGGAGCUUCGGAACAUCAACGGCCUGAAGCCCUGGGGCCUGAUGGAUGUUCUGCUGGAGAAGUACGAGUGGUCGCACAGCGAGGCGGAGUCGUUUGCCUCGUUCCUCAAGCCCAUGCUGGAAUUCGACCCGGCCAAGCGGGCCACCGCCGCGGAGUGUCUGCAGCACCCGUGGCUUAGAUAAGAUACGAUGCAACCUGGUUGUUGGCUGCGUGCCACCCAGCCAGCAACAGCAGAUGGAGCGGUAGCGGCAGCAGGAGCAAGAUCACUGACAGCAGGAUCGCCGGCGGCAACGGCGGAAAGAGCAGUAAGCGGAGGCUAUGUGGAAUCUUCGGCAUCGGUGGCUACUUUGGCUUCCAUUUCAUCAAUCGCUUCCACCUCGGCGGCGGCAAUGGCGGCGUUGAAGGCCCGUCCCUAUCUGGUUGCGCCCUUCGUGACCACAGCCUCAGCACCACCCACACCACAGCCCCAUGUUUCCAUGGCCACCAACUCGGCCCGCACAGCGCCAGCCACACCCACACGUCGACGCAUCGCCCCAGAGGAGGACGUGGACUUGGUGGAGGACUUUGAUGUGCCCCUUGCCCAGUUGGAGGAGCCACAGUUGCAUACAAAGACCAAGUCGCAACGCUUUUUUUGGCGCAAGGCGCUUCGGCGCGUCUUCCAACGCCGCAAGUGACGGCGUCGCCGGCAGGACUUGCCCCGCUGGCAUCGUCCCGCCCGUCGCUGUCGGCGCCGCAACCUGGCCGAGCGGGUGAGGCGCAUCUGCGCUUGCUGUGCCUACGGCCAGAUCCUGCUGCGUGCAGCACGCGUGGCCCUGCUCAGCUGCAUCCGCUGGCGAACCCGUGGCAACAUACGCAACAACAACUUUUACUUCAGCAACCACUAAAGCAUCAGCAUCAGCAGCCAGAAAGCCAGCCAGCCAGCCAGCCAGCCAGCCAAGCAACCAGUCUCUAGACCAGCAGUCGCUAAUCUCCGUUCUCCAGCUAACUCGAGUUACGUUUAAAGUUAAUGAAUAACCAUUCGAUUUAGUUGUACACACACCAGCGCUUAAUUUAUUUCCUGUGUUUUACAUCGACAAUUAGACUAUUUUUGUUGCUACAUAUGAAAUUAUACAAUGUAUUACCGCCUACACGAACACGUCCCCACGAAUCCUGUACAUAGGGUCGAUUGUGCUCGAUCCCAUUAUUCAGUUUAGUCGAAGCGACGCAUAAGAAAGCGAGAGUAAAGUGAAAGCGAGUGCCGCAUACAAACCUAUAAUAUAGGCCAAUAUCUGUUACUGUACAUUUAGCCAAGAGGCGAAUCGGCAAAUAUACAUUUAUUUAGCGUACAUAGUUAAAUGAACUGGAGUCGAUCCAUCGACCGGUGCCUCACUCGCUUAAUCGCCCUAUCGUUGUUUCGAUGGGCUUGUGAGGGACCGCAGAUGGAUUUUUAUUAGCAUAUGUAAAUGUACAUGGAUGCAGAAACUUGAGCUGAACAUAACAAUAAUGAGAACGUAGUUAAUUAGUUUAUCCUUGGCUUAGUGAUCGACAUGAACAAUUUGAAAUGGCAUUAGUAACCAUUAAACCGUAACCUGAAAUAGAAAAGCGAAUGCACUACCAGCAACAACCACAAGUGAAACGAAUCCUUAGCCCCGAAUCGGAACUAAUAUGCAUAUAAUUAUAAUUAAAAGUAGCCGCCACUAACAAAAAAGUAUUGUUCAACAUUAAAUACUAGCGCAAGCGCAAAAUAAUUGCAGCUUUAUCGGAUAGAUAAAAUAUUCAAGACACAGAAACACACCAAAUUUGGCACACUUAUCAAUACUAGAGCCACACAAAAUUUAUGGAAUUUUUCUCACCCACUCUUAACACAAGCAUAAAUACCUAGAGGCCACUUUAGUUAAGGCUAGAUGUUAAAGCGAUUUUUUCAAUAGAUACGUUUCGACCCGGAGCGGUAGUGAAGCUAAAGCGCGGGAUUAUCAGAAAUGCGAAGUGUAGGGCCCAGUGUCCUUGGCAAUCGGAUGGCAGGGGAUGUGUGCAUAACUGACUAUUGACUAUAUACGAGUACGUACACACAUAUAUAUGGAUAAGUGGCCUUAUUAAUUCGGUUCUCCGCACCACACCACGCACCACGAAACCACAACCACACACGCACCCAAACCAAACUAAUCCACAAACAGAUACUAACCAAUCCCCCAGCCAAUCUGAGAAAGCUAUUGCAAACACGAUUUACGCUGCGCGAACUAAGAAAUUAAAGAAUUAGGUAUGAAUAUUAUUGUAACUUGAGCAGACAUUAUUGUAACUAGAGAGCCUAGCCAGCUAGCAAGCAGAUAUCAAUCUAAAAUUAAACUAAACGUGUCCAAGUUGAAGGAGAAUUAAAUGAGAAUGAGAGACGGUUCUUAGUAGUAACCCACAAUCGAUCUUCGAUGUUGUCAUCAAGUUAAUCAUAACAUAAAUGCAAAUUCAACCAUCUUCGGCUGGCCGAUGUUUCGAAAAUACUUACCGCAUAUACUCUUUGAAAAUCGCCCAGACUUCCGAACGAAGCUACUAGACCUGGUAUCACCAGUGGAGAAUCCGCAGAUGACCACUUUGAAAUGAAUUAGAACCAGAAUCAGGAACCCAGCUGCCGAAUUGCAAUUCCAGUAUGUUCUCACGCUUUCAAAGAGUAUAAUUAUGAAUUAUACGAUACGAUACAUAAUUUAUUGAUGUAGUUAUAAACAAAAUAAACAACAAAUUACACAAAUUGGAAAACAAUCGA